AUGACGACCACCUCUAUUGACUUGAGUGAACUAAAAAACCUGCUGGAGGCACUUAAAGAUGGCCCUAUAAGUGGAAACCAACAUAUGGAUGCUUAUGCAACUGUCUACAAUUUGUGCAAUUUGAAGUGCACAGAACACAACUACUCAGAUGAACUCUAUAAUCUAUACAAAACAUCAAUCAAUGAUUACAUACUUUCAAUGGUUUUACCUGCUGUAAGGCAGAAGCACGGUGAGGUCAUGUUGAGAGAACUUGAUAACCGUUGGAAAAAAUACAAGGCUGUUGUGGAAAGGCUCUCUCACUUCUUUGCUUAUUUGGAUCGUUUCUACGUUACAAACAAUUCUGUUCCUACACUCGGAGAUGUUGGACUUCAGAGUUUUUUGGAUUUGGUUUAUUGUGAAAUAAAGAUUAAUGCAAGGGAUGCAAUGAUUGCUCUGAUUGAAAGAGAGCGUGAGGGAGAGCAAAUCGACCGAUCUUUAUUGAAAAAUGUUGUGGACAUAUUUGUGGAGGUCGGAAUGGGUGAGAUGGAUUGCUAUUUGAAUGAUUUUGAAGCACCAAUGUUGGAAGAUUCUGGAGCUUACUACUCUCAAAAGGCUGCAUCAUGGAUUAUAGAGGAUUCCUGUCCAGAAUAUUUAUUGAAGGUUGAAGAAACUUUGCAACUUGAGAAGCAUAGAGCUUUCCAUUUUCUGCAUUCCAGCAGAGAGAAGCACUUGUUAGAUAAAGUACAAAAUGAAUUACUGGCUCGUUAUGAGAAACAAAUUCUGGAAAAGGAUUCAGGUCUCUGGGCCUUGCUUAGGGACAACAAGAAAGAUGAUCUUUCAAGGAUGUUUAACCUAUUCAAUAAAGUAGACAAAGGCUUGGAUCCAAUUGCAAAUACUUUUAAACAGUUUGUGAUUGUCAAAGGAACAGAACUAAUUAAACAGGCAGAAGAUGCUAAGAAAGAAGAAAAAAGGGAUAGCAGUGGAGCUCCAAAGCAGGAAUUCGUACGGAGGGUUAUUGAAAUGCAUGACAAGUACGAGCAUUAUGUCUUGGAGUGUUUUCAGAACCAUAAGCUUUUUCAAAAGGCUCUACAGGAAGCAUUUGAAACCUUCUGCAACAAAGGACCUGCAAAAUACUUGACUGCAGAAUCGCUCUCUGCAUUUUCUGAUAACUUACUAAAGAAGGGCAGUACUGAGAAAUUAAGUGAUGAUGAGAUUGAUCUUGCUCUUGAAAACGUGGUGAAAAUCCUUGAACACGUUGAAAAUAAAGACGUAUUUGCAGAGUUCUACAGGAAAAAAUUUGCUCGUAGAUUGCUCGUUGAUAAAUGUCCAAACGAUUGUAAUGAACGAAGCAUGUUGGCAAAAUUAAAGGAGCAAAAUGGGGCACAAUUUACAUCAAAGAUGGAGGGCAUGAUUACGGACUUCUUUCUAUCGAAGGAGAACCAAAAUAAAUUUGUUGCACAUCUUAACAGAGAAGACAUUCAUGUUGGAUUAGAUUUGAAUGUUACUGUCCUUACUACUUGGUGUUGGCCAACCUACAAGUCCCCUAAUAUCAAUCUGCCCAUUGAUCUGGAAAAAUGUAUAGGUAUAUUCAAACAAUUCUAUUCCAAGGAAACUGCGAAUCGCAUACUUACAUGGAUGUAUUCUCUAGGGACCUGCACUGUAGAAGGCAGGUUUAAUGACAGGAUAAUAGAGCUGGUAUUAUCAACUUCUCAGGCCGCUUUAUUAAUGUUGUUCAAUGAAUUUGAAAAACUUAGUUUUGGUGAAAUCAAAUCUCAAUUGAAUUUGGAAGAUGAUGAUGCAAACAGAGUGUUACAUUCACUUGCAUGUGCCAACUACAAAGUUCUUAUCAAGUACCCAAACACACAAAAAAUAGAACCUACUGAUUAUUUUGAGUUCAAUUCAAGAUUUGCAGACAACCUUAAAAGUAGAAGAAUAAAGAUUCCAUUUCCCCAAAACAGUGAUGAGAAGAAGAAAGUGAUUGACGACGUGGAACAAACAAGAAAGCAUUUGAUAGAUUGCAAAAUUGUUAAAAUCAUGAAGAAGCAUAAAUUAUUGUCUUAUCAGGAGCUACAGAGCAAGUGUGUUGAGGAACUCAAAAAGGAAUUCAAGCCGGAUUUUAGAGCAAUAAAGAGGAGGAUAGAGGACCUGAUUAGUAAGGAUUACCUGGAACGGGACAAAGAUGAUCAGAAUAAGUUCAAAUAUUUGGCCUGAAAGGCUCUAAGCAAAGGACUUUUCUUUAGGGAAGCAAAGUGUGUCAUGUCAU